GAGAGAAACAACAAAAACAACCUUCGAACGAGUUUUACAAAUAAAAAUCACAAAGAAGGGUGGAAAUUAAGUUCGAGAUAAGAGAUCCUGCGUUGCGUGUCGCAGAGUAAAAAUCAACAAAAAAUCAAAAAAUUCGGGAAUUUUGCGAAUAAUCGACGGGAAUGUGUUGAAAAAAGCAACACGGAAGAAAAAUCAUCGAAAAAAAUAAUUAAAAAUUAAAAAAUUCGUAAAAAAUGGAGCCAAUUUUGUUCGACUAUCAAUUCCGUUUGAUCCUCAUCGGGGACAGCACCGUGGGGAAAUCGAGUCUUUUGAAGUAUUUUACAGACUCAAAGUUCACAGAGAUGUCCGAUCCGACAGUCGGAGUGGAUUUUUUUGCGCAUCUAAUAGAAGUCGGUGACGGUACGCGAGUCAAGCUGCAAUUAUGGGACACAGCUGGUCAAGAACGAUUUCGGUCAAUUACCAAAAGUUAUUAUCGUAACUCGAUCGGGGUGCUGCUUGUUUACGACAUCACAAAUCACGCAAGUUUUGAGCACAUUCCGUUGUGGAUGAUGGAAGCGAAGCGACACAUUGAGCCGCAUCGUCCCGUCUUUGCGCUGAUCGGAUGCAAGGCAGAUUUGGUCGCGAAUGGGGUAAGAAGGGAAGUUACCACGGAGGAGGCACGUGCCUUUGCGGAGCAACAUCAAUUGCAUUUUAUUGAGACGUCGUCGAGGACGGGCGUGAAUGUUCGUGAGGCUUUUACCGCAGUCACGCAGGAGAUUUACAACAGAAUUCAGUCGGGCGAAUAUAAAAUUGAGGAUGGUUAUGAUGGAAUUAAGCAAGGUUUCCCUCGACCCAAUAGCCUGGAAUUCAAUCUUGUGAUGGCAGAACCUGCCAAAUCUGGCUGCUGUUGAUCGGACCAAUGAACAAAAAUGACACCUACUGCUGUUCCGUGCACGCUUUUUGUCUCGAAGAACAUCGGUAGCUCGUAGCUCGUUGGAAUCUAAUAGACUGUGCCCAAACGAAGAUGUGAAUAAUUUUUUUCUAGUAGAUUUUAGUUGAAUUCUGUCUCUUUAUGUAAAAAAAAAUAUUUUUAAAAAAUUUUUCCAAGAUGUUUCCCCUCCCCUAACCGAUAGAAUUUACCAAAAGUGUUGGAUAUUUAUAAUUUUAUGAAUUUAUAAAAUUAAAUAAAAUUAAUUUUAGUUGGAUGGUGCAUAAAAAUAUACAAAAUAACCAAAAAAACGUAAAUUUUGUAAUUAAUUAGUGUCAUUAAUAUCAAAUUAUUUGAUAAAAAAUUAUAAUUUACCCCGAAAUUAAAAAAAGUCCACAUUUUAUGUAGUAAGUACCUAAAUUU